AUGAGCCACAGGCAUGUCAUCUUCAAGAAGAUGUCCAAGGACAAGUCGGUUGGCGUGUAUAUGGGGAAGAGGGACUUUGUUGAUCGCGUUGACUCCAUAGAUGUUGUGGAUGGUGUUAUUCUGGUUGAUCCAGAGGUGCUGCAGGGAAAGAAAGUGUUCGUCACUCUGUCCUGCGCUUUCCGCUAUGGCCGGGAUGACAUGGAUGUGAUGGGGAUAGCGUUCCGCCGGGACAUCUUCAUAUCCACACGCCAGGUGUACCCGGCCCUGCAGGACAAGGAGCAGACGAUAUUGACCAAGGUGCAGGACAGGAUCCUAAAGAAACUUGGGGAUAACGCCUACCCCUUCUUCUUUGAGUUCCCUGAUAAUCUACCCUGCUCAGUUGGAUUGCAGCCUGCUCCAAAAGAUGUUGGGAAGCACUGCGCUGUAGAGUUUGAGGUGAAAGCCUUCAGUGCCGAGAAUCAGGAUGCCAAAGUCAAGAAAAGGAGCACAGUUUCUCUGGCUAUCCGUAAGGUCCAGUACGCCCCUGAGGAUGACGGUCCAGCACCCUCGGUGUCCACCACCAAGGACUUUCUCAUGUCGGAAAAACCUCUUCACCUGGAGGCCAGCCUGGACAAACCGUCAUACUAUCAUGGGCAGCCAAUAAAAGUCCAUGUGAAAAUCAACAAUACCUCCAAUAAAAAUGUGAGGAAUGUUAUUAUUUCAGUGGACCAGAUUGCCACUGUGGUACUUUACUCCAAUGACAACUAUGUGAGGGCAGUUGCUAUUGAGGACAGUGGGGACUCAGUGAAUGCUGGUGGCAGCCUGGACAAGGUCUACACCCUGCUCCCUCUGCUGGCCCACAACCGCGAGCGGCGGGGCAUCGCGCUGGACGGCAAACUGAAGCACGAGGACACCAACCUGGCCUCCUCCAGCUAUUUUAAACCGGGGGUGCUGAAAGAGGUGCUGGGCAUUCUGGUGUCCUAUCGAAUUAUGGUAAAGCUCAUCGUUGGAGGGAUGAUGGGGUCAAGCGAGGUUGGGGUAGAGCUUCCAUUUCGGUUGAUGCAUCCAAAACCUGAUGCAGUGAAAGAUAGCGAGGCGGAGGAGGAGAUGGUGUUUGAGGAGUUCAAACGCGCCUAUCUGAAGGGCAUGGUUGAGGACGAUGAGCAGCCCAAUGUGGAGGAGGAGGCGUCCUAGACUGGGACGUGCAGGAGACGUCUGUGGGGAGCGAGCGAGGGCAACCUGGGCCAGAGCCGUCUCGCUGAAACGUCUCAGGCGGUUAC